UAUUAGUUUGGUGUCCUCACAUAACUGCCAGCACUGCUCCACCCAGUGUUAACCUGAACAGAGGUCUCUAGCCAGAAGAAGUGAAAACACAGGGGUAUUGUAGAAAGGGACUCCUCUUCUUCUCUACUCACUCUCUUCAAGAUAUUGAGUCAUUAAACUUUCCACCCGAUAAGUCACAGUGGUUUUGGCAUCCUCAAGGCUCAUCAGCCAAGCAAGUCCUCCAUCAGCACAGGGAUAUCGACAGACUGAGGUUGUGGACUUGUAUGGGCAAGAUGGAUAGACGAUAAAUAAGACAUCAACCUUAGAGGUACACGUUGAUUUCGUAAUGACAAGCUGCUGUGCAGAAGAUGUCCACGCUGUCUGUGACUGAUAUCCCAGAUGUUGGUCAUGAUGAGAGUAAGGUGUUUGACGGGGCCUCUGAGCUGCAGCUGGACUGCAUGGUUGAGGAGAGCAGUGGAAGCACCACAGUGAAGCACGACAGCCUGCUGUCGCUAGCUGACCUCUCCCAGCCAGAUGACUUCCCUGUCCCCCCUCAUAAUGGCCCUUCACUGACUGAGAUGAGCAGCCCUCUGCCGGUAGAGCCAAAUGACAUAAAGCUGGAUCCAGCUGCAGGUGACACAUCUGCCAGCCUAGAUGGUCAACCAGUGAAGAGAAAGAAGGGGCCUGCUCCAAAGAUGCUGGGCAAUGAGGUGUGCAGUGUAUGUGGUGACAAGGCCUCUGGUUUCCAUUACAAUGUGUUGAGCUGUGAGGGCUGCAAGGGUUUCUUUCGUCGCAGCGUCAUUAAAAGUGCCCAGUACUCCUGCAAGAACAAUGGCCGCUGCGAGAUGGACAUGUACAUGCGCCGCAAGUGCCAGCAGUGCCGCCUGCGCAAGUGUCGGGAGGCAGGCAUGCUGGAGCAGUGUGUGCUCUCUGAGGAACAAAUCAGACUAAAGAAGAUGAAGAAGCAGCAGGAGGAGGAAACGGCCCGGACGUCCACAGUGGUCACCCCCACACCUCCACAGGAAGCGCCCACACUGGAUCCACAGCAGCAGGACAUGAUUGAGAAGCUGGUGGCCAUGCAGAAACAAUGCAACAAGAGAUCUUUCCUUGACCGACCAAAAGUGACACCGUGGCCACAGAGUCAGGACUUGCAGAACCGAGAAGUGCGUCAGCAGCGGUUCGCCCACUUCACCGAGCUAGCGAUCAUGUCAGUCCAGGAGAUUGUGGAUUUUGCUAAACAGCUUCCUGGUUUCCUGGAGCUCACAAGGGAGGACCAGAUUGCUCUACUGAAGACAUCAACCAUUGAGAUCAUGCUGCUCGAGACAUCUCGACGGUACAACCCUGCUAUUGAUAGCAUAACAUUUCUGAAGGAUUUCAGCUAUAACAAGGAGGAUUUCGCCAAAGCAGGGCUUCAGUUUGAGUUCAUUAACCCCAUCUUUGAGUUUUCAAAAGGAAUGAAUGACCUGCAUCUGGAUGAGGCCGAGUAUGCUCUGCUCAUUGCCAUCAACAUCUUCUCUGCAGAUCGGCCAAAUGUGCAGGAUCACGAUUUGGUGGAGAGGUUGCAGCAGCCUUAUGUGGACGCACUGCGCUCUUACAUCAUGAUAAAGAGACCAAAUGAUCACUUGAUGUUCCCCCGUAUGCUGAUGAAGCUGGUGAGCCUUCGUACACUAAGUAGCGUCCACUCGGAGCAGGUCUUUGCCCUUCGUCUCCAAGACAAGAAGCUUCCCCCGCUGCUCUCUGAAAUCUGGGACGUCAAUGAGUGACUGCAAACCUGAUGCCGCACUCCGUGGCUUUAUGAAGCCUGAGACAGACAUGGCAUCCAGCAGGAACACUGACUCCUCUCUGCCCAUCUGGUCAGGGAUUGGUUAAAGCAUUGAGAUUUUAUUUUCUUGUGGGAGGAGAGCAUCGUUGCCCUUUUGCUCUCAAACAGACUGCUAAAUGGGUUUUUUGUGUUCAUGAGAGACAUGAGCACAUAGUUUUCUUUGAGCCUUUUGUUGUUCUUCCUUUUGUGUAGAUGCUGACAUGAUUGUGGCGACAUUAAAUACCAGCAUCAGGCUCUUUAGCCAGUUAUCUCUGAUUUAAUAUUUGUUGAAAGUUAUGUCAAUCUUUAGUGCAGUUCUAUACUCAUCCUCUAACCAUUAUCAGAAAGCUCUGAGCAGGUCCUAUCUGUGGCUGUCUCACGGCUGAACAUUCAAGUUAAAAUAGUGAUUUUUGCAGUCGUGCAAUAGGUGGAAAUGGAUACAGAGUUGAGCAUGAGCAGAUCAAUAUCUGCUGAUCACUUUAUCGAUGUUAGGGUGAAAUGGUAGGCCAUCUGGUUGGUAUUGUGCAUUGUGAUAUGGCAACAAAUAGUUUGUGUUCCUUUUGAAGUAAGUUCAGAAAUCAAAAGGUUGGUGUAGUUGCUCAGGUAAAGUAAUGUGAAGCAGACCUCUGGGAAUUGGAGGCUUCUUAAAUUUGUAUUAGAUGACUUAAGUUUUCUUCCAAGUGCAUAAGGGACCCUUUUGGUCAUUUAUAGAUGCCCAUAAACUUUUCAUGUAAAUUGUAUAUUUAUUUUCACAGGAAAAAUGUAUAGAGUGCACACAUAAGAAGUAUCCACAGGAUUGUACAAUCACAUACUAACGCACAAGAACGUAAACUCUGCGGGUGACUGGCAGACUGUGCCCUCAUUUACAGGAAACAGUGAUGUGACUAAAUUUUUUUCCUUUUUUUUUUUAUUUUUUUUUUUUUACACAGAUAUACUGGUACCUUGAAAUAGGUGGCCCUAAAGUGUCUUUGGAUUCUAUGUAAAGAUGAAAUGGUUAAAAAAAAAAAGUCAAUCUACCGUCUCUGUGACCCUCCUUUCACAUGAAUAAAAACCCUUACUCUCAAA